AUGGCGGGUCUCCACCGGUUUUGUCGCGUUGCUGCCGGUGGAGCGCAUUCAUUGCUCGUCACGGAGCGCGCUGAGGUGUUGGCAUGGGGUAGCAACUCCCACGGCCAAGUUGGAAAUGCCAGUGUGGAGGACAUCCUCUUUCCCACCGCGGUGGUGGAAUCCGGCCGCGCCCAAUUCGUAUUUGCUGGCAGAAAUUCAUCGAUGAUGAUUGAUGUGGAUGGCUACCUAUGGGCUUGGGGCUGCAAUGAUGACGGUAUGCUUGGCAUCGGUUCCGGCGUAGCAAAGCAACAGGUCCCCGCCAGGGUGGAAACCAAUGGUAAACGGAUUCGACAUGCUGCAGGGGGCUGGGGCCAUUUCCUAGCAGUGACGGAAGAUGGGGAAUUGCUCAGUUGGGGUCACAACGAGUACGGUCAGUUGGGCGAUGGCACUCAACAGAAACGGCGCACACCUACGCCUACCCCGCUCCCUGGAGAUGUUCGUGCAACCGUUGUGGCAGCUGGAUCAUACCAUAGCCUGGUGCUAACAGAAACUGGCGAAGUUUUAGCGGCAGGCUUUGGAUACACCAAAGCCGGGCAGCAGUUCCUUCAAGUCAUCCGCACUGGCGUCACAAUGGUCGUUUCUGGCACCUCGCACAACUUAGCCUUGACGAAGACGGGCACCGUGCUCGCCUGGGGCGCCAAUGACCACGGGCAGGUGGGCAACGGCCUUUUAGAUUUUCAGCCGACUCCUACAGCAGUGGAAAGGCAGCAGCUGAUCAUUGCGGCAGGUGGAUGUCAAAGUUUCUGCGCAAACGAAUUUUAUUUCGUGAAGGCUUGGGGUCAUGGAGUGGUACCCGUGGAUGACCGGUCCUACGAUUGCCCGGCGCGUUACAGCGUGGCUGAGCCUACCGAAUUAUUCAUUCCCGAUGGCGCAUUUGCAAUCGCGGCUGGAGAUGACCAUGCUGUGAUUGUUGGAUCUUUGGGUCAGGUUGGCUGCUAUGGCGCAAACAUGUGUGGCCAGGUGGGUAACGACUCCACCGUGGACAUGGGUCGCAUCAUGCAGGUAUUGCCUGGCGGCACGGUGGAGAUCCUCAGCGCAGAGGCGAGGCUGGCGGCGGCGAUGAAGGGACCCACAGAGCAGUACAUGUUGGACAACCCCGCGGAGGAAUCCGAACGCCGCAACUCAGGUGUCGUUUUGACCUUGGGUCCACCUGCGGAACGACCGCCCCAAAAUGUUGGAGAGGGCGGAGGGGUUCCCAUCAUUAUGCGGCAGGCAGCAGGAGUGCCAAUAUCUCAAGACUUAGUUUCACACGGGCCAAAGACAGCCUCAGAAUAG